CCCCCCACCUACCUCACUUCCGAUCAACAAAUUCUAUUCACUCUAUCAUGAAAAACUCCCACAUGUACUACUCUAGCUCUGCUGCCGCCUCUGGCGCUCCAAUGUCCUUGCCGACCCGCCGCCGGAGCCAAUCCGCUCCCGAAUAUCUCACUCGCAGGGCACAUGUCCCCGUGGGCCAUUGUGCGUUGGCCUCGCAAACUCAUAGCAUCACUUCAUCAAAAAAUCCCAGCAUACGUAACCGUUCUACCACAGCCUCCGCAGCCAUAGUUUCCUCCCCUACACGUUACUGUAGCCGUUCUGCUGUCGAAUGCCGCGGGCCACCUACCCUCGCGGGUUAUUCAGUGUUCACCUCGCAAACUCGUAGUUUGAAUAAUACGAGAAACACUUGCAGCUUGAAUGAUAUCAGCAGUUGUGUCCCAUCCACGGCCCCUCUUGUCCUGCCGGCCCAUCUUCCGUGCCUCCAACCUCCGGUUGUGAAUUCAGCCAUUGCUGGUAUCUCUUCCGCUUGCACCCCCUUGAACCACUUUCCGCCCCAACAUGCCAGUCGAACCACUAGUGUAGAUCAUUCAGUCUUUGUCGGCGACUUGCCUGGAAGUAUCACCCACGAACAGAUCGUAAAAGUAUUCAGCCAAGUUUCUCCAAUUUUAAAAAUCAGUAUCCGGUACCCUAGGAGUCAGGCCAUCAAAAAGCUACGGGCCUAUGCCUACGUCACCUAUCACUCUGCCGAGGAUGCCAGUACGGCUAUCAGAGAGUUCAAUCAAACGGUAUUUGAAGGAAAACCAUGUCGUGUUGUGCGAGUCCAACAUGAUGACUUGAAAAGUAACAAGGAAGCUAACAUUUACGUCGGAGGCUUGCCCCCAUCGCUCACUGGUGUAGCUUUUCACGAUACGUUUUCUGAAUUCGGAGAAAUUCUGUCUUCUAAGUUGGUAGUAAACCCCAAAAACGUAUCGAACCCUUUUGGAUUUAUCCAAUACGCGACCGCGGAAGAAGCGGAAAUAGCCAUACAGAAAACAAAUGGUGCGACGCUUGAUAUGAAGGAUUCGACGCGACCCAUCAGCACCAGUUUGUUCGAAGGACAAGCAAAGCCGCCUCGGCAACCCCCGUUUCACAACGUCUACUUUAAAAAUAUACCCAAAGACAUCACUCGCCGUUGUUUCGAUCAGUUCUGCGAGGAGUUUGGUCCUACAACUUCCACAUUUUUGAAAAAGGAUGCAGACGGAAAGCCCAUGGGGAUCGGGUUUGCUAACUUUUCAAACACAAAUGACGCGGUAAAGAUUGUUGAAUACAUACGUCAAUAUGCACCUAUGGGGUUACACGCAGCUCGUGCUUACACCAGAGGUGAACGGAAUCGCUAUCAAUCCCGAAGAGUUCCUAAAACGGCCAAGGCGCAGGCUUGA